CCCUGUUGCAUUGUGGUCUAAAGGAAGCUGCUGCUGCUGCUCCGGAAUCUGAAGAAUCUCUCCGCUGACUCUCCGCCUCCAAACCUUCUCCUCCGUCGACAGCUCGUCCUUCCUCUCCCCGGACCUCCAUCUUAUUUCCUCCACCUUCUCUCUCGCUGUCGAUCAACGAGAAAAGAAAAUGUCUCAGGCGGAUAAAAUGAAGCAGGGACAGUUCACCAACCCAGAGACUCCGGGGUACGUUGGUUUUGCCAACCUUCCAAAUCAGGUUCAUCGCAAGUCGGUGAAGAAGGGGUUCGAGUUCACUCUCAUGGUUGUAGGAGAAUCUGGGCUCGGAAAAUCCACCCUGAUCAACAGCCUCUUCCUGACUGACCUUUACCCUGAGAGAGUCAUCCCGGGGGCCGCAGAGAAGAUCGAGAGGACGGUUCAGAUCGAAGCAUCGACGGUGGAGAUCGAGGAGAGAGGAGUGAAGCUCCGUCUCACGGUUGUAGACACUCCAGGAUACGGAGACGCCAUCAACAGCCAGGACUGUUUCAGCACCAUCAUUGCCUACAUCGACGACCAGUUCGAGCGCUACCUCCACGACGAAAGUGGCCUCAACCGCAGACACAUAGUGGACAACAGGGUCCACUGCUGCUUCUACUUCAUCUCCCCUCUGGGCCACGGCCUCAAACCUUUGGACGUCCAGUUCAUGAAGGCCAUCCACAACAAGGUGAACGUGGUUCCGGUCAUCGCCAAGGCCGACACGCUCACCCUCAGGGAGAGGGAGAGGCUGAAGCGCAGGAUCCUGGAUGAGAUUGACGAGCACGGCAUCAAGAUCUACCACCUUCCCGACGCCGAGUCCGACGAGGACGAAGAUUUUAAAGAGCAGACCAGAAUCCUCAAGGCCAGCAUCCCGUUCGCCGUGGUCGGGUCCAACCAGCAGAUCGAGGCCAAGGGGAAGAAGGUCAGGGGGCGCCUGUACCCGUGGGGGGUGGUGGAAGUGGAGAACCCGGAGCACAACGACUUCCUGAAGCUGAGAACCAUGCUGAUAACCCACAUGCAGGACCUACAGGAAGUGACCCAGGACCUGCACUAUGAGAACUUCCGCUCGGAUCGCCUCAAACGGGGCGGCAGGUUGUCAUCACAUGGUUACGUUCUGCCUCUGUCUCCUGCGAAGGGACCGGAGCCGGAGGAAAUGGACAAGGACGUGAUUCUGCAGGAGAAGGAGGCUGAGCUGAGGAGGAUGCAGGAGAUGAUCGCCAAGAUGCAGGCCCAGAUGCAGAAGCCCCGAGAAGGAGAGGCAGAGGGUCAGCAUGUUUAAGGAGAUAAAGGUGGUUAAAUGAUGCAUAACUACCCCUGACCAACUAAACCCCCCCCCCCCCCCCCCCCCAUGUGCUAGUACCACAUAGAACCUGAAGGCGUUACUUUUUUUUUAUAUAUUAGCUAUAUUCCAUGUUACUGUAUUUACAGAUAUAAAGGUCCUUUUUUAAAAAUAAAUGAAGUCCAAUAAUCCAUCAGUGAAGAUGGUGAAGGCAUCACUGGGACGCUCUGUUACGUUGAUUUAAUUUUUAUCUCUUCUGUUCAGAAAGCCAAACUAUUGCUGAAUCUGUUCAGAUGUUUGUGAAAAUGAAUUAUUGGGAGAUGCGACUAUUAAACGCGGUUAAAACUUCCUUCCUGCCAUUAAAUAGACCCCGACCUGCUCAGUGUUAUUCCAUUUAUCAAGACGCUGCGCUGCUUUAUCCGCAACUGCUGUAGCUCAGCGUAGCCAUAGAAACCGUAUGGAGGCAACUUCGCUCCUUUAUUGUUAAAAAAAAUGGGAAAGAAAUGCAAUCUAGAAAUUAAACGGUUUUCUCCUAUUUUUCUCAAUUUUAAACGUUACAGAUUAAUUUGUUUUACAAAUGUUACAUUUAAAAUUUGAUCUGAUCUGUGUUUUCUGAAUUAUUUUCGUAAUGCCAGAUUGUAAAACUUGAUCUGAAAGUGGAAUUUGGUGGAAACUAAUUUCUGUUUGACAACAUUUCGUUUUAAACGAUAAAGGAGCUAAAUCGCCUCCAUAGAACUGCCUUUCACUGUGGCUAAGCUAACGGUCUUCCUGUGCUUCUGACUGACGGAGCAUCGAGGCAUGACGCCGCUUGGUGCUUUAAAGCACCAUCCGUUUGGGAGUUCUGCAAUCGAUCGAUUGAUGCUGUGACUCGGGAACUCAUCCCGACUCGUGAGAACUUGACGUUUCUGCAGUCGCCGACGACGACCCGAUGACGUCUGUGUAGCUAACCUUUUCCCUAAGCCAGCCAAAAAUGUGAAUUCUUGACAUUCCUCUUUGUGCUGUUUCUACCCAACAUCUGAAGUACCAAAUAUUGUUCUGAAUGCUUAUAUUGUAUACAAAAUGUUUAUUAAACUUUUAAACAAUCUCAUUUUUAA